AUGUUGAGAACUGUUUUUGCAAGACCAUCUUUACUAAGAAGCCAGAGGCCGGCCGUUAGCUCACCGCUAUGGAGAAGAUUGUUACAUAUCGAGACCCUAACAACACCAAAUGAUAAUGCUCUGAAAUAUCUUUCCAAGGAUGGAGAGCUAUUACAACCACGUGGCUCUAAGAGUAUUGUCAUCAAGAAUACAGAUAAGACGUUGCUUGCUCAUUCCAAGUUAGCUGAAACUAUAUUUGUUCAAUGUCCUGGUGUUGAAACCUUGAUGAUUGGUGAUGAUUUCCUUACUGUAAACAAAGAUUCAAUGGUUCAUUGGAACCAAAUCACUCCAACAGUUAUUGAAAUCCUAACAACUCAUCUAAACUCCGGUGAAGACGUCGUCUCAUCGGAAUUCCAAGGUGCACAAGAAUUAAAGGAUGGUGGUUAUAAUAUUAACGUACCAAAGUUUAACUAUACGGAAGAUGAAGAAGAAAUCAGUGAGUUGAUUGACGAACUGAUUGAUACAAGAAUCAGACCUGCCAUUAUGGAAGAUGGUGGUGAUAUUGACUAUCGUGGAUGGGAUCCAAAGACAGGUACAGUAUAUUUGAAAUUACAAGGUGCAUGUACAUCUUGUUCCAGUAGUGAAGUUACUCUGAAGUAUGGUAUUGAAUCUAUGUUGAAACAUUAUGUCGAUGAAGUUAAUGAGGUCAUCCAGAUCAUUGACCCUGAACAAGAGAUCGCCUUGAAAGAGUUUGAUAAGUUAGAGAAGAAGUUGUCUUCAAAGGAGAGCUCCGCCUAG